UCCGGUUCAAAAACACGUGUUGGAAUUUCUGACAGAAUGGCUGCGGAUGUACAGCAGCAAGCCCAUCGUCCGGGCGCCCUUAAACAACAAAACAAAACACAUAAACACGGGAAACACAAAAGUAAAGGUCAACUUGACAAAGAAACAAAAGGGAGAGUCAAUGUAAAGACGUCCACAAAGAAAAACAAAGCUCAACAGAGAAAACAGGACAGAAAACACCAUGUUGCACAAGUCCGAAAACAGAAGAGAGAAGAGAUUUUAAGCCAGAAAAGGAGCAGGGGAGGCAACCUAUCACCUCCUUAUUUUGUGGUGGUACUAUCUCUACAUGAAGGCCUGGAUGUGAGUAGUGUGUUAGAAGUCUUGAAGUCAUGUGAUGAGUCUGCUGUUGUCACACAGAAUGAACAAGGGGUCAUCCAUGUCAGUGUACCCCGAUUUAAACAGAGAAUAUCCUUUUACGUCCCAGAGUUUGCAAACUUGUACGCUGUUAUGGAUUCGGUGAAAGUGGCCGACUCCUUGCUGUGUGUCCUCUCUCCGGAAGGAGGAAUUGACGAGUAUGGAGAACAAGUGUUGAAAUGUUUGUUUGCUCAGGGAAUCCCAUCUGUUACGUUUGUGACACAGGGUUUGAAAAAAAUGGGAGGGAAAAAGCAAUCAGAGGCCAGAAAAUUUCUACAGAAGAAAAUUGAAAAGUGGUUUCCCCAUGAAAAGCUUCAUAACCUUGACUCAGAACAAGAUGGCUUGUUGAUUAUGAGGAAUGUAGCAAACCAGAAAAUCAAAGCAGUACACUACAGAGAUAACAGACCACACCUGAUAGCAGAGGAAAUUCAGUUUGAGCUAGACAAUGAAGAGGCACCUACUGGAACUCUAAAGGUGACCGGGUUCCUGCGAGGGAGAAGCCUCUCGGCGAAUUCUCUUGUUCAUAUUGUGGGCUGGGGAGACUUCCAAAUGACGCAAAUUGAUGCUAGGAAUGACCCCUACCCCCUUAAUCCAAAGGCCGACAGACAGAAGGAGGAAACUAUGGAGGAGGACACUGAAGAUGCCAGGGUCCUGGAGCGGGCCAUCCCCGGUCGCCAGGAGUCCCUACAGAGUGAGAACGUCCCCGGAGAGAUGGAGGGAGAGCAGACCUGGCCCACAGAGGAGGAGAUGGCAGAAGCUGAAGCUGCUUUAAAGGCUAAGACUAAAUUGGUCAAAAGGGUUCCCAAGGGGACGUCUGAAUAUCAGGCAUCCUGGAUUGUGGACAGUGAGGAAGAAGAGAUAGAGGAUGAUGAAAGCGAUGACGAGGAUGAAGAGAUUGAGGAAGAAGACAUAAUGGCUGUCGAUGCCUCGGGGUCUGAAUCAGAAGAGGAAGUAGAGUACGACACGUUGACAGUGACUGAAGCUGGAGAUGUGGCUUACUAUGACCAGACAAUUGACAUGGAUGAAGAAGAGAGGAUACUGGAGAAAAUUAAAGAGGAAAGAAGUCAUGUUAUGUUUCCAGAUGAAAUUGACACCCCACGAGAGAAGGAUGCAAGAGACAGAUUUCAAAGGUACCGGGGAUUGAAGAGUUUCAGGACCUCCCCAUGGGAUCCCAAAGAAAACCUCCCCUCUGACUAUGCCAGAAUUUUCCAAUUUAAGGAUUUCAAAAGGACAAAGAAGAGGAUUUUAAAAAAUUUAGAAGAUGAGGGAGUCUUGAGUGGCUGGUAUAUUCAGAUCCAUAUUUCCAAUGUGCCAAAAGAUUUUAUAACGUCAUAUAAACCUGGAACACCUGUUGUGAUUUUUGGCCUGCUGCCACAUGAACACAAGAUGUCCGUUCUUAACUUCCUGUUAAAGCGGGUACCAGAUUACAGGCCACCCAUCAAGUCCAAGGACAGGCUUAUCUUUCAUGUUGGAUUUCGGAGAUACUCGGCAUGUCCGAUUUUCUCACAGCACACUAAUGCUAACAAGCACAAGUUUGAAAGAUUUUUUGCCCAUGAUACUGUUACCAUGGCUACUAUUUUUGCGCCCAUAUCUUUUCCUCCUUGUCCUGUCCUGGUUUUUAAAGAACAGCAUGAUGGACAACAUGAAUUGGUAGCUACUGGAAGUUUACACUCGGUAGAUCCUGACAGAAUCAUCACCAAACGUAUUGUACUCAGUGGUCAUCCCUUCAAAAUCAACAAACGGUCAGCAGUCGUCAGAUACAUGUUCUUCAACAGAGAGGACAUUGAGUGGUUCAAACCCGUGGAACUUCGGACAAAAUGGGGAAGAAGAGGUCACAUCAGAGAACCUCUAGGAACCCAUGGCCACAUGAAGUGUGUGUUUGACGGACAUCUGAAAUCACAGGACACAGUGUUGAUGAACUUGUACAAGAGAAUGUUUCCCAAAUGGUCUUACAAUCCCACAGUACUAAACCCGCCUCCAAUGCUGGAGAGUUCCAAUGCUAUGACAACAGAACCAUCAGGAUAUCAGUUGUUUGAUGAUUAAAUGCUUUGUUGUAAUAUGUAUUAAUAAAAGCUUGAAAAUC